AUGGACAAAUAUCCUCUGAUGGAAUGGAUAUCAACAUUUUAUCGACCUUAUUUUACCUGUAAAGGUGAUGAAUUAAUUAUCUUUUUUCAUUAUCUGAUGAUUAAAGAACAUUUUCGAGUUGUUGAUCUUGUUUACAACGUUGAUGAUUAUCAAGUGCUUGUUGAAUAUCCAGUCGAUGAUCAUGUGAAUUAUCAAACUUCAACGUUUUAUUCAACUGGAAUAAUUAAUGUUGAUGCAUUUGUUGGAAAAGCAUCAGGUGCUAUGCGUAUCUUAAAUGAAUAUAUUGCAAAUAAACAACGACAAGUUGGACAAUCUGGUCUUAAUAAACAAUAUGGUGUUCUUCCAGGUGGCGUUAAUCCACAACCUUAUUCUGUUCCAAGUAGUGUUAAUCCACAACCUUAUUUUGGCCCAGGUAGUGUUAAUCCGCAACCUUAUUUUGGCCCAGGUGGUGUUAAUCCACAACCUUCUUUUGUUCCAGGUGGUGUUAAUCCACAACCUUCUUUUGUUUCAGAUGGUAUGAAUCCAUCACAUAGUGGUGAAAAGCAUUGA